AUGGAAGCUCUUCCAAACGAAUUGUUACUCGAAAUCAUCAAGGAGCUGUUCCUCGAAGCAUUCAGCACAGCCUUGAACAUUGGCCUCGUGAACCGGCGCCUGCAUCGCCUUACCAAUGAGCUCCUGUAUAGCACGUACUCUUUGAGUCGCGGAAACCCAGCUCUGUUUAUACGCACCCUUGCGUCCUGGCCUGCCCACGCACGACGCAUCCAAAGUCUGGAAUGGGAUUGUAGGCCUGCGCACAACAAUUCUCUGAUCACCAGCGAUGCUUUUCGAUUCCCUGGUGAUUUGGCACGAAUAGAACGCCGUAACAUCGCAAAAGCGUUAGACCCAGAGAUCCCUUAUGCGGCGGACGACCUCAAUUCUAUAUUGAUGGAUGCCGGUACAGACGCAUAUCUAAAUCUAUUCCUAGCAUUCGCGCCGGAUGUUUGCGACAUCCGAAUUGUUAUACCUUCCAAAUGGAAUUAUCGCGCUGUUUGGUUCAAGCCGGCGUCAGAUCUUCGAAUUCUUUCCAAUCUCAAUAAAGCAUAUAUUGUUGGCCCGAUGCGCAUUCGGAAUGUCAUUCCCCUAUUCCUGCUACCUUCACUACGCAGUUUGACUCUGGACCAUGUAGUAUACGAUAGGAACCGCGUACUACCUGGUAUCUUCAAAUGGCCCGAGUAUAAUGCAGCCCUUCACAGACUACGGAAACAAAAGUCAUGGGUUGAAAGCUUUCAUAUACAAAAAUGCAGCGUCGACACAGUAGAAAUAGCUCGGUUGAUGCCAUUAUUUGGUCAUCUUAAAACAUUCGAGUUUGAAUUCACAGGCCAUGAAAAAGAUGAAGCCAAUCCGACCAUUACACAUUUUGUGCAUUCUAUCUCAAAUCAGUCGAAUUCACUCACAUCGCUGUUUCUCAAGGACUUUCGCCUAGCAUUGGAUCAGACCGCACUGAAAGGACUAAGCAAGCUUGGGCACCUGGAUUUCCUUCUUCUUGAUAUGACGAUGAUCGGCCCACAUCAGUAA